AUGGAAGAACCACUUAAAAAAGUCCCAACAGAUGAAGAAAGAAGGGACUAUGUGAAGAAAUGCAUUGAAAAUUGUGAAGCCCCAAUAAUGAUGGAGUACUUGAGUCCUUUAACAUCUACAAAAUGUCAAACUGAGACUGGUUCUGAAGAGAAAGUGGGGGAAUUGAAAGAAGGCCAAAAUGAAACCAAUUCUUCAAAGAAAAGAAGUGUUAGAGGGUCUUUUAAAGCCAGUGAAAGAUCCCAGAAUUUGAAUUACAUUUCAAAGAUUGAUAAUUUAGAUAGACUUUGUUCAAACAUAGCAACUUUUGGAGAAUGUAAACUUGGCCAGGACAUCUGUAAAAAAAGUCAUAAUCUUGAGGAAUUCUUGAAAAUUAAACAUGAAGAAGCAGAAUCAAGAAUUUACAAUAAUGAAGAAUCCCUUUUAGUACAAAAGUCCUGUCCUCUUUUUGAAAAUUAUGGAAUCUGUCAUUUAGGACUUAAUUGUGAAUUUGGACUUUCACAUUUUAAUGAAUCUAUGAUGGCAAAUGUUAAUAGUAAUGGUGAAAAAGUUACUCCUGAAAAUCUUGACGAAUUCUCUAAGUCAUUUGAGAAGAAUAUUAUUGGUAUCCAAUUAAGAACCGGAUUGAGGCAAAAAACUAUCAAUUUCCCAAAAACUCAACAAUUUCUGGAUAACUUCUCUUCAUGUAUCAGUAAAUUUUCCAAAGACUGUGAAAAGAGAAAUCAAAAAUCAAGCUGUAAAAAAGGCCAAAAUUUUGAAAACCCAUUAUUAAGCUUAAACAAACUUGAUCAAUCAAAAUCCAUGUCUGAAAAAGAACCAAAUAUUAUUUCUGAUCUUGAAAAUCAACCAAAUUUUGAAAUUCCCAGUGAAUUCAAGCUUUCACCUAAAGACAUGAUGAUUGGGAUUUCCAAACAUGAAAGGGAAAAAUUCAAACAUGAACUUUUCAGAGAAAAAUUAAUUCUUGCUCCUCUUACUACCGUUGGAAAUCUUCCAUUUAGAAGACUUUGCUUAAAAUUUGGAGCCGAUAUCACUGUAAGUGAGAUGGUAUUAUGCAAUGAAAUUCUUUCUGGAAAAGCUUCUGAGUUAGCACUGCUUAAAAGAAGUCCAGAAGAGAAAUACUUUGGUAUUCAAUUAGCUGGUGGUAACAAGAGCACCAUUAUAAAAACUGGUGAAUUUAUCAAUGAGCAUUGUGAAUUUGAUUUUAUUGAUAUCAAUGCUGCCUGUCCCUUAAAAACUCUUCAUGAUAAAGGCGCUGGAAGUAUUCUUGUUGAUAGAGUUUCAGAACUUGAGGCCAUGGUUAAGGGUCUGAAAAAAGUAAUAGACGACAAACUAGUCACUGUUAAAGUUAGAAUGAGUCACGGAGGGUCGCCUAUUAAUAAAAAUCUCUUUGAAAAAGAGUACUUUGAAAACUUUGAAAAUUGGCCAGUAAUAUAUAAUAAUAUGAAGACUCAUAAAAUCUUGAGCAUCCUUUGUGAUUCUGGAAUUGAUGCUUUAACUAUACAUGGAAGAACAUCCUUUCAAAGAUAUACUAAAGAAGCAGAUUGGUCUUAUAUUAAAUACUGCUCAGCUUUGAAUUCGAAAUUGUAUUCAAAAAGGGUUGUCAACAAUAUCGAAAGCAAUAACUUUAAUAACAAAACCAAUCCUUUUUGUCCCUCAAUCAUUGGCUGUGGUGAUAUUAUCAAUUUUCAAGAUUAUCAAAAACAUAUUCAAAAUGACCAAGUUGACUCUGUAAUGAUUGGAAGGGGAGCUUUACUGAAGCCCUGGAUUUUUACUGAAAUCAAGGAAACUAGAAACUGGGAUAUUUCUUCCAGUGAAAGAUUUGACAUUCUAAAGCAAUAUGUUAACCUUGGACUUGAGCAUUGGGGUACUGAUAAAAGAGGAAUUGCUCUUACUCGAAGAUUUCUGCUUGAAUUCCUUUCAUUUUUUCAUAGGUAUAUCCCAAUUGGUAUUCUUGAGCAACCUAUUCAUACCCAAAAUUUUAAUUGGAGAACGCCUAAAUAUAUUGGUAGAAAUGACCUUGAAACUUUAUUGGCAUCUGGUAACUCUAGUGAUUGGAUUAAAAUCUCAGAAAUGAUUCUUGGGAAAGUCCCCAAUGACUUUGUCUUUGUUCCCAAACAUAAAGCCAAUAGUUCCCACUAA